AUGAAAACAAAUACACUGAUUACAGCUCUGCUAGCCCUUCUUUUGCUCACACAGUCUCUUUCGGAAACAGGAAACCCUCACCAAGAUCACAAACAUGAAGCAGAGUUGACAGGAUCUAGAAGAAGGUCUCGAAGCAGAAGAGGCAGAAGCAGACACAGUGGAGGAAAGAGAACAAGAGGAUCAAACUGUGACCCAUUUUUCCUAUAUCUAUAUGGAAGCUGCGGCCAUUGGCCUUUCCCUACCUUUCGUUCCCCUGACAACCCUUUUGAUCAAACACCAACUCCAACAUAUAAUCCCGCACCACCCCAAAUAGUAGCAUCUCCUCCACCAAUAUCUUACACACCAAUAUCUCCACCUCCACCACCACCUCCACCAUUAGUACAAUAUUCUCCACCACCUUUACCACCCUCACUACCACCGCCAAUUAUCCCUCAACCACCUCCACAACCUCCACCAUGUCCACCACCACCGUCACCUCCACCAGUGUGUCCACCACCACCUGUUACACCAUGCUGCCCAUUGCCACCUCCUACUUCACCCUGUUGCCCAUUGCCACCACCUUCACAACCAUCUCCCUCUCCACCGCCAUUGGUUCCAUCACCGCCACCACCAGCCCCAACCUUUCUACCACCCACACCACCCUUGAUAAUUCCACCACCUCUCGUCCUUUCCCCUCCUCUCCCUCAAAUACCAACUUUUCCAUGGCUAUCACCUCCCAAUCCCUUCAUCACCAAUUCACCACCAGAGUUUCCACCAGACAUUACCAUUCCGCCGCCACUUGCCCCCACAUUUUGGACGCCACCGGAAGAACCCUUCUCAUCUUCACCACCAUUCCUUUCAACUCCAACUGAACCCGACAUUUUCCUUCCACCUCCAUUGGUUCCCGACAAUCCACAACCACAACCAUUUCUCUCAACACCACCGGCUUUUACUACCCCUGAGACACCGGAUAUUUUAUUGCCGCCACCGGAGAUGCCAGAGGAACCGCCAUCUUUUACCAUACCAAGUACACCGGAUGUGUUCUUGCCGCCACCGGAGCUACCGGAUGAACCACCGCCUUUUACCAUGCCGAAGAUUCCAGAAGAGCCGGCGGCACCGGAUAUACUUAUUCCUGAUCCUGAAGAACCGCCAUCGCCAUUUACCCCAGCUUCGUUUGGCUCCGUUCAUUAA